UGACGUCACGCCGGCUCUCUUCCUCGGUGUGUGCCGCUGCGCGCAGUGCAGCUCCGUCGAGCACCGCGGACGGGGUCCGUGCAGGCGGGCCUGUUGCUUGCAAUGGCGAGACGUCUGAACGAGGAGGAUCCGGAAGACGAUGAUACAGCUCCAGCACGUGCGGCAGCUGUAUUGCCGCCGCCACCGCAGCCAGCAUCAGCAGGAGUGCACCAGUCAGCAGCACCACCGACUCUUAUUGUUGCUCUGUUGCCAACGCCUUCACCACUAUGUCUGGGUCCAGAUGCAGAAGAGCCAGCUACAAAUACUCUGGCCUCAACCACACUUGCUGAAACUUCAUAUCCAGCAGCUGUGUCUGAACUAGCGACAUCUGCAUCUGCUUCAGCUACACCAGCUCCAGAUAAGAACGUGAGCGCCCUGCCAGCGACACGCCGGCCAAGUAUUCUGAAGUCACACUACCUGGUGUUUGGGUUCCUCGCCUUCGGAGUGCUGGUGCUCAUCGGCAGCCUGGUGUUCACCAUACUGUCGAGUAAAGAAGCCGGUCCCGACCCCGCCGAGGAGUGGAGCGUUGUGCCGCGCAGCGAGUGGGGCGCCAGGCCGAGCACCGGCGCGGUUCUAGUGAGGGCGCCCGCCCGGUACGUCGUGGUGGGCCACGCGGGGACGGCGCGCUGCGCGGCGCGGCCGCAGUGCCUGCCGCUGGUCCGGCAGCUGCAGGCGCUGCACCUGCGGCGCGGCUUCUCCGACGUGGCGUACAACUUCCUGGUGGGCGGCGACGGCGCCGUGUACGAGGGCCGCGGCUGGCGCGUCGAGAGCCCGCUGGCGCCAGCCGGCCUGCGGCCCAGCCUCUCCCUGGGGCUGCUCAGCGCCGCCUCCGGCCCGCCGCCCCCCGCCCCCCAGCUGGCGGCCGCCCGCAGGCUCAUCCGCGUGGGCGUCGACACCGGCUACGUCGCCGACGACUACACCCUGCUGGCCGAGUCCGUGACUGACGGCGACGAGCUGGUCCGGGAGCUGAGAACGUGGCCCCACUGGCCCGCGGGGUCUUAG